GGGACGGAACGCUUCUUUCAGCAGCAGCAACAGUUAGUCCGCCACCUCCGUAGCUUGCUAGCCAAAAUAGCCGAACCCAUAAAGCUCUUUAGACGCUUUAGUGUAUAUUAGCCACUGUAUUUUAAACCCUUGUCUGUCGUCUAGUUAGUUAGUUAUCCGUUUUAAUUUCAUAUUUACGGUGUUGUUAUUAUUCAGCUAGCGGGCUGGUUAAGUUAGCAUUAGCCUAGCUAGCUAACAUCUCCGACCAUGAGUUCACUAAAUUACUCUCUUCCUGCUGAAGAAGAGACGGUCUGUUGGACGGAGAAAGAAGCUCUCAUCAAAGAGGAGGAGGAAGAGAAGGAUGUUACAAUACAAAAACAAGUAGAGGGUGAGGUUGUUACCCUGAAAGAAGAAGAGAAAGACGUUUCAGUGAAAGAAGAGGAAGACGUUACAGUGAAAGAAGAGGCGUUCAGAGUGAAAGAGGAGGAGGGUGUUACAGUAAAAGAUGAGGAGGUUUCAGUUUUUGAAGUGAAAGCGGAGGAGGGGGAGAAUACGGUCAAAUCGGAAGAAGAGGAGGAAGAAACUGGAUAUCUGGGCUCGAUUUCCCAAACGCAAUUUAAGGCAUCCAGUGGUUCUAAAGAUGAACUUAGCCAUAAGAUGGUUUUGAGAAACUGGGCCGUGAUUACCACUGGAGAGAGACGUGACUAUCGUGGAUCCUCUGGGGAGCCUCGACAACAUCAUGAGGCAGAGAAAAGUCUCUCCAGAUCAGACCUCUUCAAGAAACACCAGCAGAGAUCCACAGGGAAGAAAUCUCACUGCUGCUCUGACUGUGGGAAAUGUUGCAAAUCUUCAUCAGAACUUAAAAUACACCAGAGAACACACACAGGAGAGAAACCAUAUAGCUGUGAUCAAUGUGGGAUAAGUUUUGCUAAAUCUAGCCAUCUGACUACACACCAGAGAACACACACAGGAGAGAAACCAUAUAGCUGUGAUCAAUGUGGGAAGAGUUUUACUAGAUCUGACUCUCUGACUUUACACCAAAGAACACACACAGGAGAGAAACCUUAUAGCUGUGGUCAAUGUGGGAAGAGUUUUACUGCAUCUGGCUCUCUGACUUUACACCAAAGAACACACACAGGAGAGAAACCUUAUAGCUGUGGUCAAUGUGGGAAGAGUUUUACUACAUCUGGCUCUCUAACUUUACACCAAAGAACACACACGGGAGAGAAACCUUAUAGCUGUGAUCAAUGUGGGAAGAGUUUUGGUCAAUCUGGCCAGCUGACAGUGCACCAGAGAACACACACAGGAGAGAAACCUUAUAGCUGUUAUCAAUGUGGGAAGAGUUUUUGUCAAUCUGGCUAUCUGACAGUGCACAAGAGAAUACACACAGGAGAGCCAAUGUAUAGCUGUGACCAGAGAUAAUCUGAUAAAAGAUCUCUGACUAAUCAUCAGAAAAUACAUGAAGGAGUUUUAAUGAUAUCAAUGAAAUGAUGUCACAAUGUAGAAUGUUUUAACAUUGUAGUAGGAGUAUUUUAAUGAUGUCACAAUGUAGAACCCUAAAUGUUUGCCCCCUGUUCUAUUGAUUUCAACAUGAUAUGGAUAUUAGCCUCAGGGGAAAAAUCCAGGCUCUGAAUUAAAUGAGUACUAUUUAUGAGAUUUAGUAAGUACACAUUAUUCCCAGAUUCCGUGUGGGUGUUUGAGCUGCUAGUUUUAACAGGACGUGCAACCUCAUCUCCCUCCUGUCACAUAAAUGAUUUUAGCAUGAAAUUGAUUAGUUAUGACAAAUAAGUGUUGCGUUCCUUUGUUUAGCGACCCCUACAUUUAAAUGCAUUCCAACAUCACGUACAACCUGAUUUCCCCCCUAAUUGAUAUCAGUGAUUUAUUGCUACUUGUCAAAACAACACUGUUUCUGGUGCUUGUUUAAAAAAAUACAAGAAAUAUGAUUAUUGUGGCAGAUGUUUGUGUAAAUAGCACAUGUUAUGUUUAGGUUUUCAAUUUAUCCCAAACUGUUUCUGCUUAUUGGUUAUUGAUUUGGACACGUUAAAACUGUGUUUUGACAUUGAGGCUAUCCCACCUAGCAAAAUGUAAUUGAAAAGAUGUUGAAAAUAAGACUAUGCAAUCAAAUAUUUUUUAAACAUUUUUUAUUAUACCAUGCCUUACCAUUAAGUGAAUUAUUGACAAUACAUAUUAUCAAAGGGGUGUACAUUUGGUUUUGGUAAUUCAUGUUUACAACUCAUAUAACUUUUAGUAAUCAUAAUUAUUUAUGCAAUCAACUGACAAUUUUCGGGUAUAAAUAUAUUGACAUUGUUGCCCUGUUUUUAGAAUAGCAGGGUUCAUUCUCAGAUGUGCCAACCCAAAUGUACUAGAGCAUGACAUUGGGGACUGGGCCCUGAUCCAACAACAUGCCUAUCGAGUGAUCCCUGUAAAGAGAGAAGCUCCGCAGUGAGGUGGAAAGUUAGUACGGAUAUUGCAGGAGUUUCCUCUUGAAAUCAGACACGUCCGUGGUAAGGACAACUUGGUUGCUGAUUGUCUCAAGGGGGGCAGUCAAAAAGAUUUGUGUUUUGUGUUUAGCCAGUGAGUUGCCAUGGAUCACAAUUUAUUUUGACUGCACGGUUUUCCGUAUUGGAGAUGAGUUUAGUUUGGGCUCGUUCCAAGGGGACGAGAGUUCUAGAAGCUAGUGAGUUUUAGGAAGAUGAGAGUUCUAGAAGCUAGUGAGUUUUAGGAAGACGAGAGUUCUAGAAGGGAAAAAAUAAUAGUUUAGGAAUCUAUAGAAAGAAAAAGGAGAAAAUAUACGAUAUUAUUAUACGUUGUGUUUAUUAUUAAUUAGAUUUUUUUUAAUUUUUUUUAUUGUUGACAGCCAGUAGACACCAUGUUUAUAUUGGUGAAGCAUUGUAGUUGAUUAUAAUGUGAAAUGGAAGUUGUUUUCUGUUGGUGGUGAGCAAACUUGUCCAACAAAAAUAUAGGAUAUAUUAAGGGGGAAGGUGUUACAGGCUUUGGUUUUUCCAUUUAUGUUUUGAGGUUGGACUUUAGCACGUAUAGCUCGUUAGCACGUCUUGCUUGUUAGCACGUAGGAUGCACUGAUAAGUGUCACCUCGUUAGUCAGUAUGUGUUACACCUGUGCUGGCUUGUCCAUCUCGUUAGUGGGAAGGUGUUUCACCUGAGCUGGUCCAGGUUAUAUUUAAGAGUGUCUGGCCCAGUGCGCCAGUUGUCUGGAUAGAUGUGGAGAGUCAACACCUUUAGUUGCUCCACUUUUUUGGUUUGCUUCCUGUCUUUAAGUUUAUUGUGGGCUUUUAUUUAGUUUUCCUCUUCUUGGGCAGAUUUAGUGGGUCUCGUGGUGGGUGUCUUUUAGGUCCCAGUUGUUGGUACUAGUCAACUUUCAUUGGACACCCCAUAGUGACUUUCAGAGCCCAUCCUAAAAAACAAGCUUAUAUUUUUGGACUGGAUAUUUUAAUAUAUGGCAUUUCCUUGGGAUGCUCAUUAGUCUUUAAGUUGGUAUUAUUGUUUUUUUAUCCUCUUAUGUUUGUGUACUAAAUAUUCGUGUUUAUUUUCAUUGUUUUUUCCUGAGAAGCCAUUGUGUUGCAUGUCUGAAAUGUGCUGUAUAAAUAAAGCUUGAUUUGAUUUGAA